GAUGGCCUCAGUAAAUCUGACAUGGAGAAACUCACCUUCUACGCCGUCUCUGCUCCGGAGAAGUUGGACCGGAUCGGAGCGUACCUCGCCGAGAAGCUGAGCCGAGACGUGGUGCGACACCGAUACGGGAACGUGGUGAUCGCCAUGGAGGCUCUGGACCAGCUGCUGAUGGCCUGCCACUCUCAGAGCAUCAAACCCUUCGUGGAGAGUUUCCUGCACAUGGUGGCCAAACUGCUGGAGUCCAGAGAGCCGGACCUGCAGGUGCUGGGGACAAACUCG